UGAAGCGGAAGCCAUUACUCGGGGGAGGCUAUUGCCGCUGUACACAUGGGCUGAGGAGAGGUCUGCAGUGGCUUCUUCCGAGCUGUUGGGGACCCUUCGGUUUCCCGCGGCAGAGCGGACUUUCUGUAUGAACUUCUCGUUCAUUGGGCGGCAGCUUCCGUGACCUCCGCUCCUCCCGGUGCUAACCGCAGUCGUAUGCCUGCUCGAAGACUUCCGUGACGGCAAGAGAGUAGCUUCCUACUGCCAGUGCCCUGUUGUUCAGGCAAAUUUACUAUCAUUCUCACGGGAUGGCAGCUCUUGAUCUGUCUCCUACAUGUGCUCUGUCCACCCAAGACCCUGCCUGUCUCCAGGAGUCAGAAAUUCCUCUUCCUUCAAAAGAUCGUUCCUGUCCCCAGGGUGUGGACCUGUUUGCUUGCAAUGGCCUGGAGCCGCAUAUGCCAACCAGUGUUGGUUCCCAGGAAUCAGUGACUUUCCAGGAUGUUGCUGUGGACUUUACUGAGAAGGAGUGGCCCUUGCUGGAUUCUUCUCAGAGAAAACUGUACAAAGAUGUAAUGUUGGAGAACUAUAGCAACCUCGCCUCAGUGGGGUGUCAGGUGGGCAAACCCAGCCUCAUCUCCCACUUGGAGCAAGAAGAGGAGCUGAGGACAGAGGAGAGAGGACUUCACCGAGGCUCUUGUCCCGAUUGGGAGACUCCAUCUAAAACCAAAUGGACAAUUCUUGUGGAAGAUAUUUUUGGGAAGGAAACAACCAAUGGUGUGACAAUGGAUAGAACUCAUCUUGGAGAGAAAUCCACUGGAUAUGCUCACCUGUUUGAAGUCUUCACCAUGAGUGCUCAUCUUACUCAGCAGAUGGGGAGACACACUGUUAAGAGGCCCUAUCACCGCCGGGACUGUGGGGUAGCUCUCAAGAACAGGUCACAUCUAACUCAACAUGUGAGCAUUUACAAUGGGAGAAAAAUGCAUGAAUGUCAUCAGUGCCAAAAAGCCUUCACCACGAGUGCUUCCCUUACCCGGCACAGGAGAAUACACACAGGGGAGAAACCCUAUGAAUGCAGUGCCUGUGGGAAAGCUUUCAAUGAUCCCUCAGCCCUUAGGAGUCAUGCGAGAACUCACCUCACAGAGAAGCCCUUUGACUGCAGUCAGUGUGGAAACGCAUUCCGAACCCUAUCUUCUCUGAAGAUACACAUGAGAGUUCACACUGGGGAGAGACCUUACAAGUGUGAUGAGUGUGGGAAGGCGUAUGGCAGGAGCUGCCACCUCAUUGCACACAAACGAACACAUACUGGAGAGAGACCCUAUGAAUGCGUUGACUGUGGGAAAGCUUUUCAGCAUCCCUCACAUCUCAAAGAGCAUGUCAGGAAUCACACUGGAGAGAAACCCUAUGAAUGCACACAGUGUGGAAAAGCCUUCAGAUGGAAGUCUAACUUUAAUUUGCACAAGAAGAACCACAUGGUAGAGAAAACAUACGAAUGUAAAGAAUGUGGGAAAUCCUUUGGUGAUCUCUUAUCGCGGAGAAAACACAUGAGAAUUCAUAUUGUAAAGAAACCUGUUGAAUGUAGACAGUGUGGGAAAGCGUUCAGAAACCAGUCUAUCCUUAAGACACAUAUGAAUUCUCACACUGGAGAGAAACCGUACGGGUGCGAUCUCUGUGGAAAAGCUUUCAGCGCAAGCUCAAACCUAACCGCACACAGGAAAAUACACACUCAAGAGAGACGCUAUGAAUGUGCUGCCUGUGGGAAAGUCUUUGGCGAUUAUUUAUCCCGGAGGAGGCAUAUGAGUAUUCAUCUUGUAAAGAAACGCGUUGAAUGUAGACAGUGUGGGAAAGCAUUCAGAAACCAGUCAACCCUUAAGACACACAUGAGAAGUCACACAGGAGAGAAGCCCUAUGAGUGUGAUCAUUGUGGGAAAGCCUUCAGCAUAGGCUCAAACCUUAAUGUGCACAGGAGGAUACACACUGGGGAGAAACCCUAUGAAUGCCUGGCCUGUGGGAAAGCCUUCAGUGAUCAUUCGUCCCUGCGGAGUCAUGUGAAAACUCACCGGGGAGAGAAGCUGUUUGCAUCAUCCGUGUGGAAAAGGCUCCAGUGACACAUCUUUAAGAGAAGUGCAAGAGCUCAGACUGAGAGGAAACCUCAUAGGUGUCAGGAAGGCAAGAGAGCCUUGAUGAACUUAUCUUAUUGGGCACAAAAGAAUACAUGUAAAUUGGGAGAAAUCCAGUUUGUGUAAUGAGUUGGAAAGAUUUGAGUUUUUUUCUCAUCACUUUGGAGAUUCGUGAGAGCUCAUCCUGGGGAAGAAGAUGUCUAUGUGGUGUGGAGAAGCUGUCAUUAUGCGUUCAGCUCUUGAAAAACAUGAGAACUUGAGAGAAACUCUAGCCUAGUAUUUAAUGUCGAAAUGGCUUUAACACAGUGUCUCAUAUUCUGGGCACGUGAGUAAGCACAGUAGGGAGAAUCUCUAAAUUCACUGACUGGGCAAACCUUUUCUGCUCUCACACUGUCUUCCUUGUGAGAGAAAUCAUACUAAAGAGAAAAAUCUAUAAAAGUAAGAAUGGGGGAAAGUCUGUAACAGGGGCUGGCAAACUAUGGCCAGCUGUCUGGUAUUUUUUUUACAGCUUGCAAGCUAAGAGUAGUUGUUAAAUUUUCAAAGAAGACAACUGUGUGACAGACACCAUGUAAGUGGUCCACAAAGCCUAAAAUUACUUACUAUCUGGUCCUUAACAGAAAAACUUGGCCAAACUUUUGUCUUCAGCAGCAUUUCUCACCUGGGGGUGAUUUUGGUCCCCAGGGGACGUUUGGCACUGUCUGGAGAUGUUUUUGGUUGUUAUAACUGGGGCAAUGCUACUGGCAUAUAGUUGGAAGACAUCAGGGAUGCUGCUAAAUAUCCUACAAUGCACAGGAGCCCACCACAACAAAGAAUCAUGUGCCCCAAAAUGUUAGUCUUGCUGAGGUUGAGAAACCAUGGCCUACAGCAAUCCCUCAAGUUUUGAAAGGUGUGAGUACUCACACUAGGAGAAAUUAAAACUUCAAAAAUAUAAUCUGUGUAAUUCUUUCAGGCAACACAUGAGAACCCACACCGCAGACGGUCCAUAUGUAGGACAGUUUCAGCCAUUGCCCCCUCAGUUGUGCAUGGGAGAACUCACUUCUCAAUGGGGUUUUCUAGUAAAUAUGAUGCUCCUCUAAAUAACCCUUAUGCCUCAUCACAAAAGGUUUGUAUAUAGUAUUUUUACCAUACCUUCAUUCUUGAUAUAUAUUCAUUUCCUUUUGGAUAACUUCCUUGGCAACACACUGUUUAGAAUGUGUUUUGUACUGUGUAACGUGGGUAUUUUUAGUACCUAUUUGUUACGAAUAUCUAAUUCAAAUGCAUUAUGAUCAGAGCAUGAUGUCUUCAUCAGAUGGAUUCUUUGGAAUGUUUUUGGCCUCCUGUCCAGCCAAGGGUGGCAUGCACUUCUGGUUCCUUCCCCAAUAUCUCUUCUUCCAUAUCAAGAAAAUCCAAGUUUUGUCAGAUUAGUAAGGUGUGCUGCUUUUUAAAACCUUUUACAAGUUUUCUUGCAGCCUGUGCAGUCCAUGUCCCACAGCCUGACCAUUUGACAAAUAAGCAGAUGUCAUUGUAUGGGCUAUGAGAAAGCUCUUGAAAAAGGGUUAUUCUUACCUGGAUUCGUUUGGUUUUUUUCUUUUUUUUUUCUAGAUUGGCGCCUGAGCUAACAACUGUUGCCAAUCU